AUGACCUCCGGCAACAUGAUGAACAGAAUCACCUUCUACGAGGACAGGAACUUCCAGGGCCGCUCCUACGAGUGUAUGAGCGACUGCCCUGACAUGUCCUCCUACAUGAGCCGCUGCCACUCCUGCAGGGUGGAGCGGGGCUGCUUCGUGGUCUACGACCGCACCAACUUCAUGGGGAAUCAGUACUUCAUGAGGAGGGGCGAGUACACCGACUACCAGAGCAUGAUGGGAAUGAGCGACUGCAUCAGGUCCUGCCGCAUGAUCCCCAUGCACAGGGGCUCCUACAGGAUGAGGAUCUACGAGAGGGACAACUUCCAGGGUCAGAUGCACGAGCUGAUGGAGGACUGUGAGAACGUCAUGGACCGCCACAGCAUGUCCAACUGCAUGUCCUGCAACGUGAUGGAUGGCCACUGGCUGAUGUAUGAGCAGGCCCAGUACAGAGGAAGGAUGAUGUACAUGAGGCCCGGAGAGUACAGGAACUUCAUGAGCAUGGGUGGUAUGGGCGGCAUGAGCGGCAUGAGCGGCAUGAGCGGCAUGAGGUUCAUGAGCAUGAAGCGCAUCACGGAUUCCUGCUACUAG